GCCAGGGCCAAUCCCAGCCGAAGUCAGAGGCUUAACCCACUGAGCCACGCAGGCGCCCCAACUCUCUCUUUUUUUUUAUCCCACCCACAUAAAUUCUCAAUUUUAAAGAUUACCGCCCUCCCAUCCUCGAAUGGAUGGGGAUUUAUUAGUUAAGAGGUAUCUUUAAGGGGCACCUGGGUGGCUCAGUUGUUGGGCAGCUGCCUUCGGCUUGGGUCAUGAUCCCAGGGUCCUGGGAUCAAGCCCCGCAUUGGGCUCCCUGCUCGGUGGGAAGCCUGCUUCUCCCUCUCCCAUUCCCCCUGCUUGUGUUCCGUCUCUCACUGUGUUUCUAUCAAAUAAAUAAAUAAAAUCUUAAAAAAAUAAAAAGGUAUCUUUAAGCCCAGCGAAAUCUUACCACAUUAAAAGGUCCUUGGCUCUAUUUUUAUAUGUCCUGGGAAUGUGACCUCCAAUGGUAAGAUGAGUAACCUGAAGAACAGAAUUGACACCUUGGGUUCCUUUUUACAUUUAAUUACAGUUCUUAGCAAGUACUUGAUUUCCCCCCCCCCACCCCCCGCCAAAUUUAUUUCAAGAAUGUGCUUGUCCGAGACCUACGAUGGCUGAGGUUUCUUAGGUACAUCUUGUGAUUCGAGUGUGAAUGUUCAUGGGAUCUGGACAGAUAGAUCAGGAAGUGUCUUCGCUCGAGUACCUACUAGGUCUGGUUGAGUCUGUAGCAGGCAUCUCGCACACCACGGUGUAUUCUGGGUAGCUGCUCUGCAGUAAUGCAGCCCUGUCUUCCUGGGCAGUGUUAUUCCUGCUGCAUAAUUAGCAACUAGUGAGAUCAUAGUCUGGGGAGAUUCUGGCAUUACUGAGGCAAAGCAGGGAGGCUUCGUAGCAUCACGUGUGGCUCCGGCUCUGACAGCAUUUCUGUCAGGCAGAUUCAUCUUCUUGGGAACUUAAGUUCAAAGACGGAGAAGGAGAAAGCUUUGUCCCUGGGAAAUGGACCAUCCUGGACUCUGUGUGUGUGUGACGUGUCAAAAACCCUGCCUACCAUGUUGAUGACACCAGAGCCAACUGUCACUCUUUUGCUAUUUGUUUUCCCCGUGCCGGCUUCUUUACAGAGGGCAAAGAUGGUAAAGCUAAGUUUUCCUCGCACAGGGGAUGGUGGUUGGCCAGCUGGGCCCUAUUUUAUGGAGAUGUAUGAGAUUGGAAAAGAGUUGGGCUUUUGAAGGCAGUGCCGAUUCUAAUCUUCAGUCCAUUCUUCAGAACGGAAUUUGACCUUUCUAGCAGCCUGAUGAGAAACUUCACCCUUGUGAAGAUCUGGGUAAUCCUAAUGCGCCUGACUAACCGGUGGUGAGCAGGGCCUUUGGGGCCAACUUGGUGGGCUCCCCAAGGAAACCCCUUUGAAACCAAUGGAUGCAUUCACGGGCUCGAGUCUCAAGAGGAAGUUUGAUGAUGUGGAUGUGGGCUCAUCGGUUUCCAACUCAGAUGAUGAGAUCUCCAGCAGUGACAGUGCUGACAGCUGUGACAGCCUCAAUCCUCCUACAGCUGCCAGCUUCACACCCACAUCCAUCCUCAAGCGACAGAAGCAACUGCGGAGGAAGAAUGUCCGCUUUGACCAGGUGACCGUAUACUACUUUGCCCGGCGCCAGGGUUUCACCAGUGUGCCCAGCCAGGGAGGGAGCUCGCUGGGCAUGGCCCAGCGCCAUAACUCUGUGCGCAGCUACACGCUCUGUGAGUUUGCUCAGGAGCAGGAGGUGAACCAUCGGGAGAUUCUUCGUGAGCAUCUGAAGGAGGAGAAACUCCAUGCCAAGAAGAUGAAGCUGACCAAGAAUGGGACGGUGGAGUCGGUGGAGGCUGAUGGCCUGACCCUGGAUGAUGUCUCAGAUGAAGAUAUCGAUGUGGAAAAUGUGGAGGUGGACGAUUACUUCUUCCUGCAGCCCCUGCCCACCAAACGGCGACGGGCCUUGCUCAGGGCUUCAGGGGUACACCGCAUUGAUGCUGAAGAGAAACAAGAACUUCGAGCCAUCCGCCUGUCCCGUGAAGAGUGUGGUUGUGACUGUCGCCUGUAUUGUGACCCAGAAGCCUGUGCCUGUAGUCAGGCUGGGAUUAAAUGCCAGGUGGACCGCAUGUCCUUCCCAUGUGGCUGUUCGAGGGAUGGCUGUGGGAACAUGGCCGGGCGCAUUGAAUUUAAUCCCAUCCGGGUCCGGACUCAUUACCUCCACACCAUCAUGAAGCUGGAGCUGGAGAGCAAGCGGCAGGUGAGCCGCCCACCGGCCCCUGACGAGGAGCCCUCACCCACGGCCAGCUGCAGCCUGACGGGAGCCCAAGGCUCAGAGACACAGGACUUCCAGGAGUUCAUUGCUGAGAACGAGACGGCAGUGAUGCACCUACAGAGCGCAGAGGAACUCGAGCGGCUCAAGGCAGAAGAAGACGCCAGCGGCUCUAGUGCCAGCCUGGACUCCAGCAUAGAGAGCCUGGGCGUGUGCAUCCUGGAGGAGCCCCUGGCUGUUCCCGAAGAGCUGUGCCCGGGCCUGACGGCCCCCAUUCUCAUUCAGGCUCAGCUGCCCCCAGGCUCCUCGGUCCUGUGUUUUGCUGAGAACUCCGACCACCCCACUGCCUCAACAGUGACCAGCCCAUCCUACUUGAACAGCGGGCCCCUGGUGUAUUAUCAGGUGGAGCAGAGGCCAGUCCUGGGGCUGAAAGGAGAGCCCAAUAUGGAAGAAGUCCCACCCUCUUUCCCCAAGGAGAAGGAUCUGAAUGUCUUCUCCCUCCCUGUUACCUCACUGGUGGCUUGUAGCCCCACAGACCCAGCUGCCCUGUGUAAAUCCGAAGUGGGGAAAACGUCCACUCUGGAAGCACUAGUGCCCGGAGAUUGUAGCACUGAGGAGCCUGAGAAUGAAGACUUCCGCCCCUCGUGGUCCCCCUCGAGCCUCCCCUUCCGCACGGACAAUGAAGAGGGCUGUGUGGUGGAGAAAACCUCCCAGCCGAGUGAGGACAGGCCCCCGGAAGAUUCUUCCCUAGAACUCCCUCUGGCAGUGUGACGUGGGGAUGGAGAGUCCGCCUCUUACCCAUUCUCUAUUUAUUCCCUUAUUUUAUCUAACACCAUUUCAAAACAAAACUGUAGAA